GUCGGCCAGGAACUACUACCGCAGCGCCCUCUUUCAUUGUUAGACAAACACCACUUGAUAACAAUAAACAACAACUGAAUAGCUAGCUGUUCCCGUUCCAGUUAUAUGUUCCAAUUAUACUCGAUCAUACGGACGUCGGUGUAUUGAGAUUAUUUUGAUUAAGAAAUACGACAUCAAACGAUCACCACGAUCGAUACUUGCAUUGCUUGCCGGACAUUGAUCGAUGAAUGCCGCUGAUUGUGUAGAUUAUAUGCACAUUAUUGAAGUUGACAGGGUGAUAAUUGUGUGGAAUGAACAUCAAGUAUCUGGUGAACCUUUAAGCUACUGAAGAAAUACUACACUAAAUAUUAGUGAAGGGUCGGGUGAUAAGCAGCUGUGGUCAGAUAUGUUAACGCUGUAUUCCAUGCGAGUGUCUGAUCCAACUGUACGAGGAAGAAGCGAGGUACGCUUAUAACAAAUCUAUUUUUUUCACACAGUAAAUACGUACCAAAAGCUGCCGUUGACCUCGUUGCGUUAUUUCAUGUCAUGAAGUGUUCGAAUUGUAUCAAAUAGCCGCUUAAUGUCGAUGUAGCGUGAAUGUGUUUUUGUGUUUUCCUGUCUGUCCUGUGUCUUCAAUUGGGAAUUUGUGCCACUAUCGGCGUUUGAAGAACGACACGACAGAGCGUGCAUCGCCACCGUCUGAUGUCGCUGUGAUACGCAUUGGCAGCAGAGGCAAUAGCAGCACCAAAACAAACGAACAGACACAAAAGGGCAACGCGUAUAAGCAAUAACGAUAACAGCUGUACGACUAGGAACGCCGAAGUAAAAUUAACAUAGGUGUUUUUCGAUUUUCUGCCGCUUGGUCAGGGCGUCGGUCACCGGAUAGGUCUGUCUAUGUGUUCACGUAUCACAUCUUCCUUCAAAUAUCUUUUGGAACAUUCACUUUCUCUACGUUUCCGUCUCCCAGCGUUGCACAACAUUGUGGAAAUAGUGCUGUUAUGCAGUAUAGUGCAAUUGUGCGUAUCUACCUACCCUUGAAAUUCGUCGGUAACUUCAUCGUAAAAUUGAUUUUUUAAAACAAAAACCCCUCCUAUGAAAGUGGUGUACUCUGCAUUAAUAGCAGUAGCAGCAGCACAAGCAGUAAAUCAUUGCUAACCGCCCGGUCAGUUUUCACGGGUGCAUGAAGCUGACCUGCAUAGAAGCAGGGGAUCGUCGAACAACCUUUAAAACACCUUCGAAUAGAUUAAAAAAGCCUGUUCGAUCCCGGUUAGCAUUAGUUACGAGACCGCUGAACGGAACUUGCCCAAGGUAACUGGUGAAAGCGAUGUAUGUCAGCCUGUUGAAACAGUUCAAAAGUCUUCAUAUCAUACUAUUGGCAUCCAAUGAAAGCGUAACGUCUUGACGAAACUUCCGUUGUUGUCUCCCUAGCCUGGUAACAUAGAGUGCUGCUCAAAAUUGACCGUGAAGCUUCACCCACAAGUGAAGUUGCUCACUCAUAUCGAGGCCUAAUUCGCCGACAUAUUGCCGAAAUCACUAGUUGACGUGGAUGUAAAGCUAAACGGUUUCAAAAGCUCGUAUGAACUUCAGGAAAAUAUGGAAUCGAUCAUUUUAAUAGAAUUGAUGUUAGAAACGGCCAGAACUGAGUAGUGACCUGAGUAGUGACUGCGCAUCAGCAGCUGAUCAGAGAGAGGAACACAGAACAGCAAACUUGGCAGAAAGUUUUCCGGAAAUGCUUAAAGGCAACCCUCUACUACCAUUAUUCGUAUAUCUCUAUUCUAUUCUAUUGUUUUAUUGUCAAACUAUUUAAUUAGUGUUGCAGGGCGUGUUGCUUGAUGUUCGCAUCCUGACGCGUCUAGUUGGGUUAACUUCGAAAUGACAACUAUGGCUUCAAUGGUUACUGUGCGGGAGAUCGUCAGGCUUUUCAUACACGGUAUGAACGACCUGUUCGUUGGGGUAGCUAGCAUCGUCAGGCUCGAUUCCUAUCGGACUGCUGAAGUUUCCCAAAUGGUCGUAAAUGACAUCCAAAAUUUUACCGUUCUUGCUUUACGCCGAGAGAAGCAGCGGCAAGCCAAAAAGAAAGCGUCCGCAGAGGCGAGCAGCAGUAGUGGAAAUCGGCCGAAGAUAGUUCAGCGUCUUAUUCAGUGUGUCCUACUCAACGGAGGCGUUUGCCUCCUAUCGUUGCUUCUCUUCCAGCACGUCUUACUGCCAAGUUUACAAUGGGCACUUUCUUUGGUGUUUGCGGACCAUGCGCGGUCUAUUUGGGCUUGGCUACAGCCGCUUCUUCACUAUACUUUUGGCCUUUUCUGGGUCAUGCCAUUGCUGCUACUGUCCAGAGUUGUCAACUGUUUUUGGUUUCAAGACAUCGCUGACCAAGCGUUUCGGCUUCUCGGACUAAAACCGGCACAAUCAAUGUUCAGCAAUGUCCUGGGAGACAUAAUUUUCUCUACGAUAGUUCAGACCAUUUUUCUGGUUCAGUCGCAAGCGAUUUUUAAAUUACCGAUCUACCCGCUCGGCGACAUUUUAGGAUUGCUUCACCUGUCGCUGCUCAACAGUUAUUAUACGUUCGAAUACAAAUGGUAUAGCAUGGGAUACUCCCUCUAUAAAAGGCUGGACUGGUCGGAAUUUAAUUGGGCGUACCACGCUGGUUUCGGAUUGCCUCUGGCUGUUAUCACAUGGCUUCCCGAGUCGCGUCUGGUUGGCGGCUGUUUGUUCGCUAUCUUGUUUCCCUUGGUCAUUGUUGCUGGUCAUGUUGCGAAUCCGCCAACGGCCAGAACAACCUAUCGGAUACCCUUCUUUCGGCCGUCCGUGUAUAUCGCGAACACGAUCUUUCUUCGAUUCCUCAGUCGGCUUGUUAACUCUAAUCAUCAGCCCCACGAGCAACAACAGAAGCAACAACAACAACAUCAGCAGAAAAGACACGCCACGACGGUAAACAAAAGUGUUAGCGAACGAUCCCAAAGGAAAGAUAUAAUAAAGAGCUGGUAAGAUUAAUUAGUUGGAUUUAAUUGAGCGGCGUUUGAGGAGCUCGAUUUUUAAAAUGGUCGCAAAGGAUCAGUGCGGGGGCUGGGUAAAUUCCUUCGACUUGUUUCGAAAAAAUCGUUUGGUGCCAUUUGGCAGAAAAUCAGCUUUUUAUUUGAACGCCAAUUGCACUGUUCUUUAGAGCUGACUGUUAGGCUACGGUAUGGGAUCAGUUACACUAAAAAAAUUUCAGCUUUAUGGAAUUAGAGAACUGCCUAUAAAUUUCAAUAACUUCAGCUAUGUCGACACGUAGCAGCAAGGUGAACUUCGUCCUGUCCCAUUUUCAAUAAUUUGAUUACCACUCAUGUACCUAAUAUUUACAGAGCAAGCUUUAAAUGGCACUGCUGUUGAGGAAGUCCGCUAACAGUUACAAAGAGUACACAUUAGCAGUUGUCAGCCUAUAUUUUUCGCAGCGGUCUAGCGAUUUCAAAAGUGAUUUGUACAUACAAGAUAACGAAGGGCUGUCCCCCAAAUAGUGAGCUUAAAUUAAUUCAUGUAUAACCGAAAUGCACAUUAAUAAAAAUUUUGACAACACCUGCGUUGAGGACAAGCUAGGUAGUUAGAUUUUCCCAUCAAGCUCAGAGAUAGCACGCUGUUAAGAUUACAACUUGGUUAAAAGUAGUCCAUGUAUUAUCCUGUCGGUACUUCGCAUGGAUUGGCUUAAAUUUAGUCUGUAUCGUCUACGUUCUCAAAAUGAAACCGACAUUUGAAUAAUCUUACUGAGAAAAGCAUCCCUCUUAAUAUUUUUAUGAGGGCCUGAAGUAGACGUGACACUUAAUGUAAUAUAUAUAUAUAUAUAUGUUUAAAGUGCGCGAAAAAAAAGACCUUUGGGAAGCGAAACAACGUGGAGCCAUCAAUGAAGUAGGGUUAAGUUUUCUCUCUUUGUAUAUACAUAUUUAGUCUGAGCCACAGACAAAGCUUUUAUAUCGUCACUUCGUGUUACACUAAUGGCGUCCUCAGACAGUUGUAACUCAGUGCAGCCGACCUUUACAGGAACAAUGUUGCAAAGUUGACUAGUCAAAUACGGUUGAAGGGCGUAGCAUAGUGUCGUCUUUAGAUGAUCCUCAUCAGCUGAUUGCCAUUAUUACGAUGACGGUAAUUGCAUUCAUUUACGUUAUGGUAGUCAAUUUGAGUCUAUUCUUUGUAUUAACGUUUAAAAAGCUUAACAGCUUUUGUCAUACAUGUGUCAAUUCGAGUGUAUUUUGUAUCGUGCCGACUGUUCAGCGUCAAAGAAUGAUUCAACGUAAAAAAAUUAGGCAAAUGGUAACAGAAUUUAUAUGAACCUUUGUUUAACCUGACCAUCUGGUAUAACUGCCCACGUUUACGGCCGUUAGUUCAUAAUUGUAAUAAAUUUUUUUUUCAAUUUUUUUCUCAAACCUUAGCUAUAUCUAAAUAAUUGAACCCCAACAAAAGACCAAGGAUGCUAUUAAUUAAACUGACGUUAUUGAAAUGGACUUCAGCGACAAGGUCUUUAAGGUUGUUGAGUGGAAAUGGGAAUGGAAUGAAAAGGGAGAACCCCUCGAUGUUGUUUUGCCAGCUACAUAUAUCAAAAGUUCGUAUGUAUGUAUGUCAAAAUAGGGGUUGCGUGUGUGAGUACCAGCGACAGGUGACAUUAUACAGUGUGGUCAUCUAGAAUGUUAGUUAUGUACCAGCGUGUCCUGUCACGUCGUUUAAAAAAGUUCAGAUGAUACUAUGCACAAAUUCUGUCUUGAACUGAUUUGAAUAAGGAACCAGAUGGAAUCAUUGUCGAUGCGUAUAUUCAUUAAUGAAAUGAAAUCACCUCGGUAUGCCUUGGUGCUUACCAGGCUGCUGAAUUUUCUGCUUGUCAUAUUGUAAAAACUGUCUAUAUUUAAGACCGAUGUAUGCUAGGAGAUCUGUGUUGUCUGUUAAACUGAUCCACAGAGAAGCUAGAUUUGAAGUUUUAAUUGCCAGGUAAAAGCUGUCUUAGGACAACAAUAAUAAUACGAGGUCAAUCCUAUAGCUGGAAUCUACAUCUACAGCUUUAAGUUUCGCUGAGAUAAUUCAAAUUUUGCUAUAUCAGAAAAGCUUUAUAUCUAUAUAAUAAUAAUAAUAAUAAUGGUAAUCGAAUUAAUGCUGUAAUUAGUGAUUUGAUUGUUUUCGUGCUCAACUCAAGAGGCGCACAAAGGAUCCAGCUGGCUUGUGACGUCAUGUAGCUACUCAAGUGCUAUUUGUAUAGAUAUUCCAUCGUAUAAUUUUAUGCUAUUGUAAAAGGUAAUUUCUUCAUAAUGGCAGCUUCCUACAUAAAGUGGAAUCGUUUCAAUUUUGUCAAAGAAUCACUUUUACCAAUCAAUUUACUUUUUAAAAAAAAAAUUUAUAGGAGAUUAGUUAGCUAGUAAAAGCAGCUUUUGUUCAGGUAAGUAAUCGAUCUGUCUUGGAGCCUGUGAAAAAGCUAAGACGAAAUAAUUAUUUCAGUGAAGACUUUAAAUUAUAGUAGCUUCUAUUUAAUCUAAGCUAAAUCGGCAAGCUAAAUCUGUUAGCGAAAUGAAUUAUGUCUAUUGUAUAUAUUCGUGUACAUGCAACGAUGCACAGUAUAUAUAUAUAUCCAGUACAGGAUAAAUAAAUUGUCGUGGAGGAUCGAUUCUUAGUCGGCUUGAAAUGGGGCGCUAAAAACGCUUUCUGACUAUAGCUAGCUGUCAGUGAAAUACCAGUUAAUGCAAUUGUUGAUAGUGAACUAAAAAAGUUUGUUUUCAAAAUGACAUCAAAUGAAGGCGGUGCUGAUAUAUGCGUAGGCGUGCUGAACCGAUUUAUAUGACAUCAGAACGUUUGAAGUUCGUUCUAGUACUGGUGCCACCUGAAAUUGUUACAAGUUAGUGCCAUACGAGGGGACAGCGAGAAGUCACGUAUGUCUCAUAAGCGGAAACUACAAGAUAGGAGCCCAUGUUAGGACCAGAUGAUUUGGUAAGCCUGUAAUGCAAACGUGGCUUUGCGCAGGGUCGUUCCACUUUAAAUUGUGGUGAAUGUAGUCUUUCUAUAGAGUGUAGAGAGCCGCAGACGAAUGCAUAAAUGAGUAAAAUGUUUGAUGCAGCAGUAUGAAUACUGUCUACCCACCUUUCGAAAAAUUUAGCGAAUGAUGUGCUCGGAUACGUAAGCGGUGAUUAAGGCAUAAAGAAUUAAAUAGCGAUGAUAGCAUGCGAGCAACGUUUACUUUUUUCCAAAAUAAAAUAUAGUAGAGAUGUUGGGUUAGUAAAAUAUUUAUUAUAAGGAACAGAAAUAUAAGACAUCUUUGUAUUGUGAAACACGCAUAACGCGCGAUUUGUAUAGCAAAUAAAGUGACUAAAUAAAUCCUGCAAUAACUUUCACAAAUUUAUAUAAUAUGUGCAUUUACUCUUCAAUCAUAUAAGCUUUUUCUUAACCGAUUCCUGACUUGUUAGUAUGAUUGUAACACCGGAGUAAAUCUGUUUAAAAAAAAAAAGUUAAAAAAAUGUGCGCACUUACGUAUACAAUGAUUUCGUUUGACAAUAAACCCGCUUGUUUUUGUUUGUUUGUUUGUUUGUCGUGCAUUUUACAUAUCGUUUUUACGCAAAGCAAACUAUUUAUCUAUGUGUUACCUGCCACCUAUUCGACCAA